AUUGGGACCCAGCCCGAAACGUUCGUUCGGAAAGCGUAAUAGCGGAUGCACUGCCACUGGUGAACUGCCAAGUCGGGUUCCGAUACCAAGCAUGUGUUUCGGAACCCAAGAAACACCAAAACGAUGAUUAUACAUGCAUCAAAAAGUACCCAAGCAUUUUCUGGUUACGAUAUUGCUCCUCCUUACGUUUCGAUCGAAGCCCCCGUUUUUCGCUUCUUCGCUCUCUCCAGCUAAACCUCGCUCAUCACCAUAUUCGCAUACUCCUUCGCAAUGAUAGUAGAGUCUAUCCCGCGCCCCACCGGCGCAAAAAUCGUAGCCCAAACUCUCCACUCUCUCGGUGUCAAAGUAAUCUUCGGUCUCGUCGGCAUCCCGGUUGUCCAAGUCGCAGAAGAAGCCAUCGCGCUCGGCAUCCGCUUCAUCGCUUUCAGAAACGAACAAGCAUGCUCCUACGCAGCGACAGCAUACGGUUACCUUACCGGCCGCCCAGGCGUCUGCUUGGUCGUUGGCGGUCCAGGUGUCCUCCAUGCUAUGGCUGGCAUAGGAAACGCCGAUGCUAACGCGUUCCCAAUGCUGCUUCUUGCGGGUAGCUGCGAGACGCAUUUGGUGGGGAGGGGAGGGUUUCAGGAAAUGGAUGCCGUGAACCUGUUGAGUCCGCACGUCAAGAAAGCAGUGAGAGCCACUUUGAACGACGUGUCGCAGAAGAUCAGGGAUACUUACCGAAGUGCGUGGUAUGGACGACCAGGAACGGGAUUCGUGGAUUUGCCUGCAGAUGUAAUCCAAGGCAAACCAUGCGAGGAUAUACCAGAGACGAGGGUUGUCCCAGCUCCCCCUCGCGUAGGCGUCGACCCGGAAAGGCUUGCCCAGCUAGCCGCGCUUCUUCGAACUGCGGAUGCGCCUCUGGUAGUUGUCGGAAAGGGCGCAGCAUACGCACAAACAGAGAACUGCAUUCGCCAACUGAUCGAAGAGAGUGGCAUACCGUUCCUGCCUACGCCAAUGGGCAAAGGCGUGCUCCCGGACUCACAUCCGCUCAACACCUCAUCCGCCCGCUCCACAGCCUUGAAAGGCGCAGACGUCGUAUUGAUCCUAGGUGCCCGCCUCAACUGGAUUCUGCACUUUGGCGAUGAACCUAAGUGGGAUUCAAACGUCAAGCUCAUUCAAGUCGACAUCAGCGCUGAAGAAAUCGGGAAGAACAACGGCAACGCCGAGCUCGGCAUCGUAGGCGAUAUCAACGUAGUCGUUCCCCAACUCCUCACUCUGCUCACCGGCUACCGCUACAAUCCUGCCUCGCCAUACAUACAAGCCCUACAAGUCAGCAAAGUGAAGAAUGAAGCCAAAGCCGCGAAAACAGCUGCGAUCGUCAAAUCGCCCAUGGGCUACCACCAAGUUUUCGACACCAUCAAGCGAACACUAAGCAAGCUCUCACUGCCGGGUGAUGGAAACAUUGUCUACAUCUCCGAGGGCGCAAACACUAUGGACAUCUCACGAAGUGCCUUCCCCAUUGAGCAUCCUCGCCUGCGGAUGGAUGCCGGGACACAUGCCACCAUGGGUGUCGGGUUAGGCUACGCAAUCGCUGCACACUGCGCGUACAACCUCCCUAAUCCAGAAGGGCACUCCGGCCCCUCAAAGGCUGACUACAAGAAAAUAGUAUGUCUUGAAGGCGACUCCGCCUUCGGCUUCUCCAUGCCUGAAGUCGAAACUAUGGCCCGCUACAACAUGUCGCCGCUCAUCUUCGUCGUCAACAACAGUGGCAUCUAUCAUGGGGACUCCGAGGAGGAGUCUCAGUGGCUUGCGCUUCAGCGAAACACGAACAAUAGCGAGUCUGGCGGGCUGCGAAGCACGAGUCUGGGCUGGGAGGUUAAAUAUGAGAUGAUGGCGGAGAUGUGUGGUGGGAGGGGGUACUUUGUGAGAACGCCAGACGAGUUAGAGAAAGCGACGGAGGAAGGGUUUAAGGCGAGGGUCCCGGUCGUGGUUAAUGUUGUGAUUGAGAGCGGGAGUGGGAAGAAGUUAGAGUUUGCGUGGCAGAAGACCGGCGCGAAGAAGUGA